AUGUGUCUACAGAAGAGGCACAGAGAAUUUUACAGUACUGCCAUAGCUCAGACUGUGGAGGACACUUUGGAGGUGAGCGGACAGCCACCAAGAACAGCUUUCAAAACCCCUAUUGAAACAUCACCAUACCAGCUGGUGUAUGGGAAAUCCUAUUAUUUUCCAGUGGAACUAGAACAUAAAGCCUAUUGGGCUAACAGGUUCCUCAAACUUGAUGCUAAAGCAGCUGGAGAGAAACGGCUGCUCCAGCUAAAAGAUUUGGACGAAUUCCGCUUAGAUGCAUUUGAGAAUGCAAAGAUCUAUAAGAAAAAGGCAAAGAGGUGGCAUAACAGGAAGAUAGCUUCCAAAGUCUUUGAACCAGGACAGAAAGUCCUGCUCUUCAACUCAAGGCUCAGAUUAUUCCCUGGAAAACUCAAAUCCCGCUGGAAGGGACCGUAUGUGAUUACAAGAGUAUCACCUUACGAACACAUAGAACUUCAAGGUAAAGAUCCUCAGAACGGGUUCACUGUCAAUAGACAGAGAAUUAAGCAUUAUCUUGAAGGAGAUAUAGAGCCAGGAGGCUCAACACUGUUACUAAGCUAA